GUGAUCAAUUUGAUGACUGGUACAUCACCUCUGUUCUGUAUCCACCAGAGUCAGUCAGGAUUCAUGGGAGAAAUAGGACCUGCAGGCUUGUCAGGGCUACAGGGUAUUAUGGGCCCUAGGGGGCCUCCAGGGCCUGAUGGACCUCAAGGAGAGAAGGGGGAGUCUGGGCCUAGCAGAGCCAUCGGACCUCAAGGCAAAACAGGACCUCCGGGGGUGGCUGGACUUCAAGGAGUCAGAGGUGACACAGGGAUGCCAGGACCACAGGGUCCAGUAGGGAAGGUUGGGACUGAGGGAGACUUGGGCCAUAAAGGUGAGCCAGGACUAGAUGGAGAGAAAGGGGAGCCAGGGGGACCAGGCGAGCCAGGAGAACAGGGGGUUGACGGUCUGCCAGGCAUCAAAGGGCCCCCAGCACUUCUUGGUUUGGAGGGGCCACAGGGUGAGGUGGGAGCCCAGGGGCCAGAAGGUCCCCUAGGGGCAUUGGGUGUCAGGGGAAACCCAGGACCUGAGGGAAAACAGGGACUGAAAGGAGAGAAGGGAGAUGACGGUAGAGAUGGAUCCCCUGGAAAGACAGGUCACAUCGGAAGGAGUGGGAAAAGAGGCAAGGCUGGAAUCAGGGGCACAAGAGGAGAGAGAGGACCAAAGGGAGAGAGGGGACAUGUGGGAUUGAUUGGUGUUCCAGGAUGGGUGGGGUCUAUAGGAAUCCCAGGCUUGGGAGGAGACAGGGGGGAUCAGGGUGAAAAAGGGAGUGAGGGAGAAAAGGGGAACAUAGGGCCGCUCGGUCUGCCAGGGCGUGAUGGCCUAAAGGUACUUCUGGUUCUGACUUCUGUGUGA